UUCUACUCAGCAUCACCUUGCACGCUGCCGUUCCUGUACUAUACAUCUUGCACUUGCCCCUUUGAGUUGUGCGACUGUGCAUGACCAGGAUCCAUCCGAUCAAUCUCCCAGCCGCAUGAGUCUGAGAUCAUGGCCAAGAACAAGAAGCCAAAGCCUGGAGAAGCCUCAGCAGGCGACACGACCAAGACCGAAGAUACUGCCCAGGCUCCUGCACGACCACCUCAAAGACAUACCGGAGCACACGAUGCACCACCAGUCCAGGAAUGGGAGUACAUGUACCCGGUGGCGCUGCUCUCCUUGGCAGCAGCGGCAUCACCGAUAUCCCAGAUGACCAUGGCGCCAGUAUACGGCUCAAUACCAUCAGCAGUCAAUCAUGCAACCAUGUGCUCAAUAUCGCUUUUGUUCGGUUUCACAGUGCGGACCUUCACAGGACAACUCAAAAGCUUCCGCCCACUUGAAUGGGUGUCCGCUUGGGCCUUCACAGUUCCUGUGCUACAGACCUUACUCUUACCAUACUCCGGAAGUCUUGGACCAGUUGCAGGACCAAUAAUCAAUGGCUUUCUGAGCUGUCAUAUGCUCUUGUUGCCGACCGGCUUUGUGCUGGCGGAUUUUGUGGCGCGGUACAAGCAGACUGCUUGGUUAGCUUCUCGCGUUGGAGUCACAGCAGCGUAUAUGAUUAUUGGGCUACUGUUGGCUUUCCCUGUAUACUCUGUGUUGGAAGAGAAAUAUACUGGUAUUGUACAAUGGACUCCAGAGCUGCUGCAAGAGAAGUUUGAGGUCAAUCCUAUUCAUUUUCAACUUGCGCUUGGUGCAGCUUAUGCGGUUCUUGCCCCAUCAUGGUACGCCCUACUCGGCCUUCCCGCAAUCCUACAUUCUGUAUACUUCAACCAGCACUUCAACAUCCACAAAGCAAACACCUCCCUAAUCAAUCACAACUGGACUCUCCUCGAUCGACAAUGGUCCAACACAGGCUACAUCUCCGUCCUCGAAAGCACCGAAAUGGAAUACCGCGUCCUCCGCGCCGACCACUCCCUCCUAGGCGGCGAAUGGCUCCUCACACCAGCUCGCAAACAAGACAACUGGCUCACAAACGAACCCAUCUACGCCGUAUUCUCCAUGCUCGAAUCUGUCCGCAUACUCCAACUCGAUGCUGCCCCAGUACCAGAUACUUCAGCCCGUGCACUCGUUAUCGGACUGGGAAUAGGAACUGCGCCCAAAGCCUUGCUAUCUCAUGGAAUCGAAACCACAAUCGUCGAACUUGAUCCUGUGGUGCAUAAAUUCGCAGUACAAUAUUUCGAUCUACCGAGGAAUCAUACUGCUGUGCUACAAGAUGCUGUGAAGUGGGUGAAGAAGCAAGCUGCUGCGGCGGAAGCACUUUCGACGAUUGAUGAUAAUUUGAAAGAUGGUGCGAUGAUUGAAUCGAAUCGGAAACCUGUGGUGCUGUACGACUACAUCAUCCACGACGUGUUCACUGGAGGAGCGGAACCUCUGUCGCUGUUUACGACGCAGUUCUUGCAGAAUCUUCGAAGCCUGCUGACGCCAAAUGGCGCCAUCGCGCUCAACUACGCGGGAGAUCUAUCACUUCCACUUACACGACUAGUCCUGCGAACGAUUUCCCACGCUUUCGAUGGACAAUGCAAAAUUUUCCGCGAUGGACCACCAGAACGAUACAACGAAAACGAUGAAAAAAAGUCAGAAAAUCAUCAAGAAGAACAAUCACCAUCUUCAGAUUUCCUCAACAUGGUCGUCUUCUGCCGCAACAGCCCUGGGCAAAUUUCCUUCCGGCCACCCACCACGACCGAUUACUUAGGAAGUCUAAGUCGAAGACAUUACAUGCUGCCUAAACCCGACUGGGAGAUAGCCUUUCCCAAGCAUGAAGAAGAGGCAGAAGCACUAGAAGAGACAGCCUCGUCCUCGCCCAAAGAUGAUGAUGAUCCUUCUCCCGCUACCGUUGCCGUUACCGCCACUCCUCCCCAUGCCAAUGAUGCAAAUGCUGCUGCUGAAAAGCAAGAUGAUGAUGCAGAAUACAAAAAUGGAAAAUCGGCUUCUGACCGCUUGUCACGGCAGCAGAAGCUCCUGCGUCCGGGUGACGAGUCCUCGUGGGAAAGCGAACAAAUCGAAAGUGCCAAGCGUCACUGGCGGAUCAUGCGCACAGUGAUGCCGGAUGUCGUGUGGGAGACUUGGUGA